UAACAGUAUAAUUUUCCAAAAGGGAGGGAGGGAGGCAGGCAGGCAGGCAGGAAAUUCUUUAAUGGGUGAUGACGUGGCAAGCACUAUAUAUGUAUUGUGUAUUCUCCCACCCAAUGGCCACCAUUCAUCUCUCUCCCAGGAGCCUUCUUUCUUCUUCCUUCACAUUUCUUCUACAAAAUCAUAUAUGAUAGAUGUAUCAUAAUCUUUUAAGAAGAUAAAAAAGAAAGAAAGAUGGGUGCUAAUAAUAACAUUCAUCUUCUUGAAGAAGAGAAGGCUCCUGGAGAUCAUUAUGAUCAUCAUGAUGAUCACAACAAUUCUUAUGGUCAAAACGAAGAAGAAGAAGAUCAUUCUUCUGAUAGUAACUGGGCUGAUGAAGAUGAUGAUGAUGAUGAUGAUGAUGAUGAUGAAGAAGAUGAUCAUGAUCAUGAAUCUAAUAAUAGCAAUGAAUCUCAGGAGAGGGCUCUCUAUUGGGAAUCCCAGGAAUCCUUGCUUCAGGAAAUUGUAGAGCACCAUAGAUCAACAGGGGGGAAGUUAAGGAAAGAGAUCAACGGACUGAUAGAGAAGGCAAGGGAGACAAAUAUAUGCAAAUGCGUUAAUCCCAAAUCAGACGGUUGGUGCAGCAGGUGUUUGCGUCAAAGAGUAGUAACUAUGCUCUGCUGCAGAGGACUCCAUGCCACUCUCUGUACCUCUAAGUGGACCCAUACUCCCAAAUUUCCAGGAGGAACACACGAGUACAUUGAAGUGACAGCAAGCACACAAUCACGAAAGAAGCAAGUCAUAUUCUUGAUUGAACUGGAGUUUCGCGACGAAUUCAAGAUGGGAAAAGCAUGCAACGAGUACCACCACUUGAUUAAGCAGCUACCAGAGAUCUACAUUGGCAAGGCAGAGCACUUAAACGCCAUUGUUCGUGUGGUUUGUGAUGCAGCCAAGAGGUCUACCAUGGAGAAGAAAAUCCACAUGGGCCCAUGGCGAAAGACUAGCUUCAUGCAGAAGAAAUGGUCUGCUUCUUCUUCUUCUUCGCCUUCAAGGCAAGCUCAUAUUCCCAUAUGCUUUGCUGUGGAAGUCGUUUAAAAUCAUUGCUUGAACAUUUUCAAUAAUGCUAGUAACUUAGAAAUCGAAGAACACAAAAUCAGAGAGACAUACAGACGCGUAAAAUAUAUGGUUGGAUAUAAUUUUUCAGGAUUUGUUGAGGGAAUUGAAAAAUUGUGUAUGUCAAGUCAUUAUUGUGUUUGGUUUCUGAAAAUUUUGUGCAACUUAUUAUAUUAUUGGCACUGAGCACAAGUAUUGCUAUUUGUAUGGUGGAAAAACAUCCCUAUGGAACAUGCUAAUUAUGUAUUUUUUAUGGGUCAUUACCAUAUAUAAUAUUUAUAUAUUUGCAGUUAUA